CCCCCGGGAUAAAUAUGUAAAUCCUAUCCUAAUAUCUGGUAAUAAUAUAGGCAAAAAUUAAAAUUCGGGACUUGUAAAUUUCAAGGUAUUACAGUACCGGUAUCGCCGUAUGUGAACACCUUUGUCAUUGUGUUUGAUUAUGUACCAUACUAUUUUGGUUAGCUGGGAUAACUCAUUUCACACUUUAUCAUAAAAUAAUUUUUUUCUUCAGUUUCACAAUGUAAUUCUUUAUAACUAUCAUUUUCCAAGUAAUGAAGUAGAUGGUACUAGUAAUUUUGUGACUGGAUUUCUUACAAGAGUUUAUAUAAAUGGAGAAACUUGUUAAAUCUGUGAAUAAUAUAAAACAGUAUUAUGGCGGAGAGACAACAGAUGCAAAUAAAAAGGAGCAGAUUCCCAUGCCGACGAAGGCAGAAAGACAGGAAUGCUGUAAAACAAUGGCGGAAAGCAUACUGUCCAGUCCUGUGAAAGGCAAUAAUGAAUAUUCUGGAUUAUUGGGUGUGACUAUUGAAAUGCUAUUGUUGUGUUGUCAGGAUGCUGAGGCUGAUGUUAGAAUCGCAGCUGAGGAAUCUAUUAAUAGAAUCAUAAAAGGAACAGAAGAACUGCAUUUUGGGAAAGUUUUGAUUGAGUUUUACAAAGAAAUUAAAAGAAACGGAUCAAGUCGUAGUUUGAGAACUGCGCUUGUACGUUUCUCCAGUUUGGCACACAGGAUUCGUCCAAGCAAAUGCAGGCCAUAUGUUGUUAGUCUUCUUCCACCAUUUAUAAAAAUAUGCGAACGGAAUGACGAAAGCAUACAAGAAUGUUUAUCUGCAUCUGUCUCUAAAAUAUUUCCCUUAAUUGGAUCGUUUGCCGCGGAAGCAGAAUUGCAAAGUUUUAUAGACGCACUGAUGAAAAAUUUAUCGAGCCCCUCUGCAGCGAUUCGAAGGACGUCUUCGAUAUGUAUUUACGAAGUUGUGAGCAACUCAAGUAAAAAGCAAGUUAUGUUAUUCAACAUUGUUUCUAGUAUACUUGGAUCAUUUUCAACCAAAGAUUUUGAUGUCAAUUUCAUAUUAGGAAGUCUUAUCAUCUUACGGUAUUUGAUACCUCUGUUUGCAAGUGUAGGGACAAAAAUUACAAGAAGAACUGGCAGUUUUGGUUCAGAUAAAGAUUCAAAAAUUGACGUUGUUUUCGAUGAUAUAAUUGUGCAAAUUUUCGAGCUUUGUGUGCAUUUUUCUUGCUUCAAAGAAGCAAAUGUUGUAACAGCUUCUCUCGAGACUUUACAAAUUUUGUUGAAGUUGCCAUCUGCGUCACUAAAGGAGUUACUGGAAGCAAAGCCUAUCAAAGAAACAGUUUUUUCAAAGUCGUUAGUCACAUUUUUGAAAUCGAAAGGAAUAAAAAAGCAAAGUUCCACGAACCAGGACCGCGAUUUUGAUAGCAGUGGUACGAAUGCUUCUCAAACUAUAGAGACACCAGUUUCUGAAAAUAAUACAAUUGAGGACGCGAUGACAAGUGUAACAGAAAAAUUAAAUGAAGCUGGUAUUUCAUCCGAGGAUGUGUCAACACAGCAGAAUGAACUACCUAUAUCUACUGUGCAAUCUAAUGAUGCUAAACCUGAUGCUAUUAUCAAUGAGCCAUCAUCAGACAUAACACAUGAAGAGGCAGAUGUUGAACAGAAUACAGGUAACUUCUCUGAGGAAAUUUAUUUCAACAAUCUCAAGAAUCUUUAUUGUGAAGCAGAUCCAAUACAAAUGUUUGUACGAAUACUCAGUGAGAGAAUUUUGAAAAUAGGAUCAGAAUCUACUAAAGAUGUUCGUGUGAGUGCAAUGAAUUUGACUAUUUCAUGUAUUGGGUUGAUUUUUAAGCUACGUCCUAAAUUAAUGUUUAUGUCGGUUUACGACAAUAGAAACUGUCAUGUAUCAGAAAUAUUAUCAUUCAAAUCUUUUUAUGACCCACAGAUACGUGGCUGCACUGUGAUGGCAGUUUCACAGUACAUUGCUUCGUCAUUAAUAUUAUCUCAGAAUAAUUACACUUCUUGGCUCCGUGAAAAUUUUAAAGGUAACAAUCGAGAUGAUGUAUCACUUGAAAAGCUUGUUGAUAUCCUUUCUGAUGGAUUAAAAGAUGAAUCUCUUGUUUGUUUACGAGCUAGUAUUCAAGCUGUGAAAACCUGUAUAGGAUAUUUGCUAAGGUCCGAUUUCAUCAAUCUAGGAGUAAAAUUGUUGGGGAACAUUUUGGAACUUAAGGAUACGACUUACUGGCUUGUUAAAGUUGACCUCAUGGAAUUACUAGGAAAUAUAAACUUUAGACAGAUUUUAUUUGCUUCGGAAUCAACGCAGGAAAUCCCGAAAUUAGAAGUAUUUUCGAUAUUGAAUCGAAUUUAUGAGGAAAUAGUUGAUAUGUGCUUUGAAUAUUUGGGCGAUAGAGAUGUCAGAGUUCGUAAAACGUCAGCGGCGAUGCUCGUAAAGAUUGUGACAAAUGGUGGUCUUGUUAUAGAUUCUUUAACGUGCAAUAUGACAACAUCAGAGGCUGCUGUGAUUUGUAACAGUUUUAGUGUUUCGGCUGGCUCUCCUGCUUCAAUUGACCCGACACAAAAAGGAACCGUAAAAAACUUGUUAAAAAUUUACAGGGGCUAUGAAAAAAUUGAUGAAAAUUCACUAAUAUCACAUAAUCUUUCUGUCAUUGUCGGCAAAUUAACAUCUCUGUUAGCGGGAUCAAUUUCUAAGCCUUUGACUCAGGGAUGUAUACACGCCCUUCUUACACUCUCAAAUGAAUACUCUGUAUCAAAGCACCCUGUUUCUUAUGAUUGUAGUUUCUAUAAUAUUCAAACUGUUGAAGCCAAUAUUUCUGAAACUCAACAGCAACAUACAGGUAUUAUAACAAUGCUUUUAACUAUGUUAGAUUCUGCCUGGGUUCCGCUUGAAAUAACAACACAUGCGAAUGUAUUGCUACUAGCAGGGAACUACAUGUCCGGUAUUGCAUAUCACAGCUUUCAAACUAUUGGCCCUAAUCCUAAACUCGGUGAGCAAGAGGCUUUGAUACCCAUAAAAGGAUCGACUACAACUGAAAGUCCGAAUGCACUUUCAUCACUGUCGGAUCAUAAAAUUGGGAUUCUGGCUGUGAAGUUGUUCAAUCAUAUCUUGAAACUUAUAUCUAUAUUUCAUCAUGUUAUUUCUGAUGCUGUGCCAUCAUUACCAAAUAAAAGUGUUCUUCAAACUCUACAAAAUACACCUUCGCUACCAAACACUUUGAAGAAAAAAGACAAAAUUGAGGUAAAAGAUGGUAAUUCUACAACUGAGCAAAAAAUGCAUAAGAAGACUGGAUCAGCUGGAAAAUCUCCAGUUUUACCAGAAGAAGCUGAAAAGGAGAAACCAUCCAAGCAGAACUCUCCUUUUCAUUUUGCCAAUUCCAGACUUCAUAUGAAGGUUCAUGAUUUCCUAGUCGGUGCAUAUGAUAGUUUCAAAACCACUCUAGAUGGAGAUGAAAAUGAUAGAUUUUGCAUAUUAUUACAAGCAGUUUUGGAUGUAUUCUGUCAAAUUCUUGAGAUCACGACAUUUGAAGACAUUGAAAAAUACACUGAAGAUUUAUUGAUGUAUUUAAGAACCAUUUUUACCAUAGAACCCACACAGACUGUUCAGUCUGUUCAACAACUUUUGAAAAGUCUAUUUGGAACGAAUUUGGUUAGCCAGCUUGAUCUUGAUGAUCAAAUCAAACUCAAACCAUUACCGACUCAUGGAAAAGAUCAACAGCAUUACAAAGCUAGUUUUUACCAUCAAGUUUUUCAUAGGCCAUUAAACGAUCUUACAAUGGCAAUUGCAAAUGCAUCUUUUCACCAUUAUCUUCAGCAAGAAAACACACAAAAAGCUAGUUCAGGUUGGUUUGGAUCCAUUAAGAAAAAAGUCGAAAAAAAGCUAACUUUGACUGCGAAACGUUCAAAAGGAGAUAAAAUGUCGAUUCAGAAUUAUAUUCGUCUCUUUGAGUCGAUUGUUAUUAAAUCACUGAAAAAUUACACGAUGACAAGCUCCGUGAAUUUACAGAAGCAUGUUUUAAACCUUCUUGCGCAACUCGUGCAAUUGCGGGUCAAUUACUGCUUACUUGAUUCUGACCAAAUUUUUAUUGGAUUUAUAAUUAAGCAAUUUGAGUCCAUUGAAGGUGGAUUAGUGCGCAAUUCAGAUAUUUUGAUUCCGCAUGUUUUCUUUUUUCUAGUUCUCCUUUCAUAUGAAAAGCAUCAUUCAAAAAGCGUUAUGACAAUGCCUAAAAUAAUUCAGUUGUGUGAUGGCAUAAUGGCAAGUGGAUGUGAUACUGUAACUCAUACAAUUCCGGCACUACAACCAAUUGUACAUGAUCUUUUUGUUUUGCGAGCUGGUAUGAAACAUGAUAAUACGUCAGAUCUUGAUACUCAACGUGAAGUAACACAAAGCAUGCUUUUUAGAAUUAUUGAAUAUCCAGAAGUUUUAUCAAUGGUGACAACAAUUCUACAAUAUUAUAGAAAAGAAAAUCCGGAACAGUGGAAAAAAUAUUCACGACAAGUUACAGAUGUGCUUUUGCCUCUUAUAUCACACUUGAAACUAGUUAUUACAAAACAUUCUGACAUGGCAUAUUUGCACAGUCUAUUUGAAGCCUUGUCACCAACCGCAUUGCGUCCUAUUGACUUGGUUUUAAAUAUAUUUUUCCUGUUGCCUUCCGAUUUAAGAACUGUGGCUUAUCAUCAGAGAUGGAUAGCGAAGACUGUAUCUCUACUCCGAGUACUUUUGUGCCAUCUCAAAGAGGAAUAUUUGCUCCUCCGAGUAAAAGAAAUGCAAAUCGAUCCAUUCAUGUUUUCUAAUCAGCUAUUGCGAUCUUUGAAAUCUAUUGAUGAAAUUCACGCAAAUGAUGAAAAACAGGCUUCUGAAAAUGGCGAUAAUGUGCUUCCGCCUGAAGAGGUCAUUGCUUCAACUCUUUUGCAAAUAAUAGGAUUCACAACUGAACGAAUGGUUGAUGAAUUAUUCAAUCCUGUCAUAUUAUUCGGACAAGAAAAAUCAUACGAACUUUUGUCUCAACUUUUCAGUGAGUUUUUGCUCACAGUGACUUAUAUUUAUCGCUCGGGAUCUUUCAAGCGUCUCACUCACUCUACAAGGCUGUUAUUGUCUCGUGAGGAUAAGAACAAAAAUUUCUACUCUACUGAGGAAUUAUGUGUAAACUUUAAUCUUCUAUCGAGCAAAUUUCCAAUUUUAACUGUUCUAUGGUCACAACUGUUAACUUGCAUCGGAUAUACAGAUCUUACGAUGUGGGGAGAAUUGACCGGUAAAAGUAAACAGAGUCGUGAAACGGCAGAGUACGUACCACCUUUGAACACUGGAAUGGUACAGCAGGGAUCUAUCAUAAUGCUGGCAGAUUAUAUCUGUCAAAACCAGUCUGAAGUUGAAAUAAUGUCCUGGCUUAUAGUUAACCAUACUCGAGAAAUAAUAAGCCUUCAAAGUGAGCCACCGAUUCAAGAUUUUAUAAGCGCUGUCCAUCGCAGCUCACCAGCAAGUGGACUUUUUAUAGAAUCAUUGAAAUCGUUAUUAUCCUCGGGAACCAAAUUCAGGGCGUCGUUUAAAAAAAGAGUACUGUUUUGUCUCAGGGGUAUGCACCUCAACCAAUCCGAUAGUCUUUUGUCACUAUUGCUCUCAGAAGACUGGUUCGUGUUUUCACCGAUUUUGGCAAUUUCAGAAUUUUGUGAUCGACUAGCUUGUGGAAGAGUUGAGAUGAUGCUCACUCAAGCUCAUGAUAGCCCACGGAAAGAACAACUCAUUUUGCACCUAAAGUCACUUCAACCGAAAUUUGACAAAUGUGAGUCUAUUUCAAGGCUUGGGCGCCUCGCUGCUUUGGGAAAAAGACUCUUUGCUAUACUUGUAAAUGGCCAGGAUAAUGCUAGUAAUAAAACAACGAAAAUAGUUGCCUCACAUCAACCCCAGGAGGUAAACAAAUCAUGGUAUAAAGCUCUUGUUUCUUCAUUUACUAAGGGAAGUCAUAAAUCCAACCAUGUUGUCGAAGCAAUUAACGUUCUAGAUUACGAAGACAUUUUAGAAAUAAUACGGAUCGAAUCAUUCAAUAUGAAUUAUCUCGAAGAAUGUUUGAGGUUUGCAAUAUCGGAAAUUACAAGACCGGAUGAUGCUGUCGCAAGAUAUUCUAACGAUAUCACGUCUCCACUUUUAAAUGCAACCUUAGAAGUUUUAAUAGAAUAUCUUGAAAGCAUUAUGCGACAGUUACCACCUACCCCCAUUACAGAUUUUGCAAAAGAUUUUGACAAACCAACUUUUGUGAUUGACGAUCAAAAUUAUCCUGCGCUUUCAGCUUACUGGCAAAAACUGUUUUCUGUAUUUGAGAAGAGAGAAAACAGAGAUCUGAUGAUUCUUCUUUGCAAAGCUUUUACAAGGUGUCUCAUUUGGAGAAAUAUUGUGGGUCAGCCUUUUCAAAAACUUGAAACUUUGAGUGAAAAUUUGUUACGUUUGGCUGUUGGAUGUCAUGAACUCUUAAUAUGUUCCAUUCUUCGUGGAAUGAAAAUUGAAAUUGAUGCACAAUUAGUUUGCCUCGAGUUUAUGCAACAAGUGUUACAACAGAAGCCUGAAAUUCAGAAGCAGUUUUAUGCAAAUGACAAUCUAUCUUAUUCUUUGACUAUUGCGAAUUGUCUAAACUUGCUCUAUGAAGCAUACGCAGGGAAUAUUCAAGUUGCCAAUAAGCAUUUUGAUGAUUCAAAAUCCCCAUAUCGUUGUCUAAACAAUAAAUCAACCCCUACAUUCGCUGUGGUUAAAACUUGCAGACUGUUUGAUAAAAUAUCAAAUUCUGGAUUAAAUAUUAUUCCAGCUGUUUUGAAUGCCCCAUUUAAGCGGGCUGUUCAACUUGUGCUCUGCCAUCCAUUUUUCAAUAAUCUUGCCCAUGUUCCUCAACUCCUAUUCAAAAACGAUAUGAACGAGAAAGAAAUUGAAAGCUUAUCACAUGAACCACCUGGCGAAUAUUUACAAGAAAAAGACAUGUUAAAGGAUUAUAUUGGUCGCAUUAACAGUCUAGGUUGGAUCAGUAGAAUGCAAUUUGAAGAGACAUGGACUAGUCUGUUGGGUGUCCUAGUUUCUCAACCUAUUGGAGAUAGCAGUCAAAAUGCCACUCCUCUUGAUGAAAACGCCAUUCAAAUUAGUUGUUUAACUAUUCGUGGUCUUACAGCUCUAGUCAUGAAUACUUGUAUGAAACCGCAUGGAGGGAAACCUGCGUUUGGUGCUUUUCAAAAUAUUCCUCGUGUUUCGUCUCCUGUGUUGCCAGAAACCAAAAUAGGUCAUGAUCUUCAUGUUAUACAAUGUACCAUAGAACGUGCUCUUCGAGAUGUCAUUUUCGGUGACCAACUUCACGAAACCUUCAAUUUUUUUCAACUUGCGACAAACUACUUGAAAGUUGCAGAAUCCUCUUUAGUACCGAAUGAGGUUCUCAAAUCAAGGUUGUAUGCAAAUCCUGAAAGACGAGAGAUGAAACCUCUUUAUUACGGCAUAGGUCAAAGGUCGGUGAAGUCCUUUAGGAUGUUACAUGAUAUUUCACCUCUAGAAGAGGAGACAAGUGAACUCUCGAGUGAUGAUGAGAAUUUCGGUGCUGUAACUUCGAGUGAUGAUUUGAACAGCGAAGCCAGUGAUGUAGCAACAGAAAUGAACGUCAUUACUCCCUCCCCUCCUCGUGUACGAGUAGAACAAAAUUCUGUCGAUGCUCACUCUUGCGUACAAUUUCUAAUCGAUCUUUUUUCCGAAUGGUUCCGUUCAGCGAGCGCAAUGUCACCACAGAAUCAGCAGUCUGGGAAUGCUCCUUCAUUUGUGAUGCGACUUCCGCGUCAGUUUUUGUGCGAUUGCAUUCAUUCUCUUAUUCUUGUGUCAGAUUUUUUCACAGAACGUCAACAAUUUGAAUGGAUGUUUACAUCGUUGAAUUCGCUGCAGCUAGUUCAGCCUCCGGAAGAUGACAUUAUGCUGCAAUAUCUUGUAUUGGGAAUGUGUAAAUCCGGUGCUGUGCUUGGAAUUAAUAAAAAGAUUUGCGAUAUACUACAAGGAAUGAUGGAAUCUGCAUUAGGCUCAACAUUGAUUUCUUGUCCGACGUUCGCUUUGUAUGGUGCUCUUUACAUCCUCGAGUGUGAAUUGAAAGAAUAUGCUCGUCCUUUAGUCAGCUUGAUAUCAAAGUUUGUAUGCGACAAGUUCAAAAACAUCAAUUCUGGGGUGGUUUUCUAUUCACAGCAGUUUUUACGCAAUGUCGUAUCAAUCGGAUUUUUUCUCAUCAAAAAUUGGCAAGAUUUUUUGACACCUGCUCAUACUAAAACAUUUAUACAAGGGGCAAUAAGUAUCCUGGGUUCACCACAACUAAAUUCUGUUCCGAAUGAUGUUUACGUGUCGAUAUUACGAAGCCUGGAAACGCUUAUAACCAGUUAUAGUUUGUCUGGCAGUGAUUGUGACGCUAUUGCUAAGUUAGCCGUUGAUCAGUUCACAGCUAGUGAAUCAUCUAUCCGUGUUUUAACUUCGUUAAAUUUAACAAUCACGUGCAUGUAUUUUCGAUUGAUGAGAGUUUCGGAGAUAAGCUCCACAGAGGAUGAAACAAUAGAAUCAAGGCUUUUGUCUAUGGAAAGAAUUACUUUACUUUUUGAUAAAAUUAAAUGUGGAUUUCCUCAAGAGUCGAUAGUUUUGAUUCAUGUUUUGCCGCUAUUAUUGGACAGUUUCUUUUCUACUCAAGAUAUGAUGAAUAAAGUGAUCGGUGAAUUUGUUUCGAGUCUCCAUCCUUUCCCAGACCUUAUUGCUACCUUACUUCAUCAUGUAUUUCAAAUAUUACACAGCCGAGGCGAAAGCGCUGUUGUUUCAGAAUGGGUAAUGUUAUCACUCGGAAAUUUUACUCAAAGAACUCCGAUAUCUACUGCAAUAUGGUGCUUAACUUGCAUCUUCGUCAGUGCGUCUACAAAUCACUGGAUCAACUCUUUACUGCCGAUCGUAUUGAGUGAAAUGCACCUUCCACCAUCCGAAGCAAACUUUGAAAAAUUUUACAUUUCAGCGAAGGAUUUUUAUACAAAUCAAUUAUCAGCUGAACUGGACAGACGCUCAUUCCAUUCGAUUUUUAAAGCUGUUGCACAACCAGACAAUCCAUACCAUAUUAUGCUUGAAUUGAUAAAUAAACUUGAUAUAGAUAUUACAUAGUUUUUGACAUCACUAUAUUAUAAUAUAUUUUUGACCUUCUCUUCAAAAUUGUUUGUUAUUGAAUAUGUUCCACAAUUGUCUAUGUCUAAAUCACACUAUACCACUAUGUUCAUUGUCCAGCUAAUAAUUUGAGAGCAAAAUUAUCAAUUAUUCAUAUCAAGGAGUUCAAAAUGUCCUGCAUAAGCAUAGUUCUGAUGGUUCCUAUAAUUAUGUUCCAAAUUCCACAGACUCAAAGACUUGCUUAUAUCUAUUGUCGAUAUUGAUAAUGAACCAUUCUGGCUAAUUUUUCGAUGCCUAAAAAUUAUAGAUACUUUUGAAAAUUGUGCAGAUAGAAUUCUAAUUUUAAAGUCAAUAAAACGUCCUUCAUAAGCAUGGUUCUGAUAGUUCCCAUAUCUUCUGAAUACCACCGAGACUUAAUGAUAUGUAGCAAUCAAUUUGGCUCAUUUUGUAUGAAAAUUAUGAUUCUGAGCUCAUAAUGGCAGUUUUUAAUUUCAAACUACACCUGUCUAGAGCACAGCUAUGGUAAACAAUAUUUAUACAUAUUCUGGAUACUCUAUUUUGUCUUUCUGUGCUACUUAUAUUAUCGGUAAUUAAGCAUGUCCAAAAUGAAUAGAAUAUUUGAAAAGAUUCCAAAUUUUGAGUCUAACUGAAAAAGAGGAGAUUUCUUUUUAAAUUAUGUUGUUUUAAGCAUUGAUGCUGCUGUUUGUUUAUCUCAACAAUUGUACAUUAUCAAAUUCAGUUUCUAUAGUUAUACGAUUUGACUUUUGAAAAUUUAUCUGACAUACAGAUUUGGGUUAUAUGUGAUAAUCCAUAUUAAGUAUAGUAAAUUUUUUUGUUUUUGGCCAUCUCUUACAGCUACAGUGCAUUUCACUCAUAAAGAGGCCUGUUAAUUGCAUUAGAUUUCUUUGAACUCCAUUUAUUUGUGGAAAUAAUGUUUAAUUCGUUUCAAGAGCCUUUUAAUUAUUAUUAUUUUUUUGCUUAUAUACCGCUUUUUGAAGGUUCAUUAUAUUCUUUCAUAUAUAUAUAUAUAUAUAUUCUGAAAAUUGAGUAUGUUUCCAGUAAAUGCACCUUUGGCGAUUACACUCAAAACUGUUUGGUGGGCCUACCAAUUAAAAAGCAAGAUGUUGGAAUUCUAUGAAAAUAGAUUUUGUUUGUUAUAUAAAAUUUUGAUUUGAACCAAUUUUAUUGUUAUUUCAUUAAUUUUUAUUGUGCAAUUUUUCUGUCAUAUCUUUGUUUGAAUUAUCAGUUAUUGAUAUUCUUGUGUGAGGCUUUUUUAAAAUGCUAGUUACAUCACAGGGUGACCCAUAAAGUAGAACCAAUAAAUACUUUUCAAAUUUUUUUCAACUCUUGAACUUCUGUAUUAUCUAUGAUUGCACAAGGAAGUUUCAGUAUCUAGAAGCUUUGCACGAAAGUUAUGUUCUUUUUAGUAUGUUCAAAAUGACCUGGGUUCUGUUCUUUGAUGGUCACCCUGUCACAUUUUCUAGAAAUCAUCAGGGUACCCCUGUUGUGGAGAUAGAACAUGUAUAUUGUAGAAUUCAUUGGAAUAUAAUAGUCUUACUUAAAUGUUAAAUUCGAGCAAAUAUAAAGAGCUAAAUUUUUAUAAAUUUACAUGAUUUAAAAUGCAUUUAUUUCACCUGUACUUGGAACUUUGAAUAAAUUAAAUCAAUACUAAUUUUAUUUAUAUAUGUCAGGUUUAUUAGGUUGCUCACUAAGUAAGUCUUCUGUAAUGUAAUUCAUCAUUAUUUUGGUUCGAAAUAUUAGCAAAUCUAUUAUAUUGACUUAUUGAAAAAAAUAUCUCAAAUGUUAAUCAAGAAAUCUAGUUUAGGAUGCAUUUCCUCCUCUUCUCUUUGAAGAGAAAUUCACAGCCAUUUUGGUAUGAAUACAACAUCAAAAAUAAAUAUGAAUUAAAUUUCACUUCACUUAGAAUAAAUUCACUAGAAUUGUACCAAUAGGCUGUAUGUACCAUUGGUAUACCCAUAGAAUGCGGAGAUAUAAACAUUGAUAUAUUAUCUGAUGAAAGAAAUUAGCCUGCAAUGUACCAUGUUCUAUCAAAUACCCAUGAUUGGCAUUGAAGUGUAUUGUUUGCUCGCUUUUAAUCAAGCUUAUCAUAUUCCUAUUUACUUUGAUGAUUGAAUCUUGCUGUCUAAUUAUGAUAUUGUCUUUUCAUUGUGUAUAUUUAGCAUGGAAAUUAAUGUAGUGUAGUAAUGGUGAAAAUUUUCAAUCAUACUCUCAUCUGACGAAGACAAUGCUGCAUGUGAUUUGGCCAUGAGUUCUCUCUAUUUUAUUAUCGGAUCAACGAUCAAAAAUGUAAGCUGUGUGUUUAUCAAGAAACAUAAAAAUGUUGAGAGAGAUGUUAUCAUUACCGCGAGAAAUUUUGAGUCUACAGAAAAUCGGUUGACUAAUAGCAAUGGGUUGUUCAUUGUUUGGUGUGGGUCACUCAGUAUGAAAGACUGAUAAGGCAAUCAAGGCUCCACCUGACCUAUGUUCGUCUGCUGUAAAUGGGUUUACAUUUGGACAUAGCAUCAGCAAUAAAAAAAGUUCAUAGAGUGUAAAUAAAAAAUGUAGGUUAUGA